GAAUUCCCCCCGCCGACCCCCCGCACAAAAUUAAGCUGCGCGUGCGAAGCGUGCGAGGAUUUUUCGUGUAUAAAACCGUUGCGUAAAUCAACAGCAGCAACAUGUCGACGCCACACCAACAGCAACAUGUGCGCGUGGUCGAGCCGCAACAGGUGGAACCAGCUGAAGAGGCCGCGACCUCCACCUCUGUCAGUGGCACGGAAUCCAUAUCGGCUAGCAAGGAGCUAACCGGUUUGACCCACGAGUGCGGCGUUUUUGGUGCCAUUGCUUGCGGGGAUUGGCCCACGCAGAUGGACAUUGCGCACGUGAUAUGUCUGGGACUGGUGGCGUUGCAGCAUCGCGGGCAGGAAUCCGCAGGCAUAGCCACCAGCGAGGGAAAGUGCUCCAAGAACUUUAACGUGCACAAGGGCAUGGGCAUGAUUAGCACCCUGUUUAACGACGACUCCAUGAAGAAGCUACGCGGCAACCUGGGCAUUGGGCACACGCGAUACUCCACUGCUGGUGCCUCAGAGGUGGUUAAUUGCCAACCCUUUGUUGUGCAUACAGCCCAUGGAGCACUGGCCCUGGCCCACAAUGGCGAGCUGGUCAACAACGAAUCUCUAAGGCGGGAAGUCUUAGCCAGAGGAGUGGGAUUGUCCACCCACAGUGACAGUGAGCUGAUCGCACAAUCUCUCUGCUGCGCCCCUGAGGAUGUCUCGGAGUUGGAUGGGCCCAAUUGGCCGGCUAGAAUCAGGCACUUCAUGAUGCUGGCCCCGCUCUCGUACUCGCUGGUUAUUAUGCUGAAGGAUAAAAUCUACGCUGUGAGAGAUACCUAUGGCAAUAGACCGCUUUGUAUCGGAAAAAUCGUUCCAAUCAACGCUGGACAUGGAAAUCGUGAGGAUACCCCCGCCGACGGAUGGGUGGUUUCCAGCGAAAGCUGCGGCUUCCUUUCCAUUGGAGCUAGGUAUGUGCGAGAGGUUGAACCAGGUGAGAUUGUGGAGCUCACCCGGAGUGGAUAUCGCACUGUGGACAUAGUGGAGCGACCCGAUUUCAAGCGAAUGGCCUUUUGCAUCUUUGAGUACGUGUAUUUUGCCCGCGGCGACAGUAUCUUUGAGGGCCAAAUGGUCUACACAGUGAGGCUGCAGUGCGGUCGACAGCUGUGGCGCGAAGCUCCCGUAGAAGCGGAUAUCGUUAGCUCCGUUCCUGAGUCUGGAACAGCGGCGGCACACGGAUAUGCCCGGGAAUCUGGUAUUGACUUCGCCGAGGUUCUCUGCAGAAACCGAUACGUAGGACGGACCUUUAUCCAGCCUUCGACCAGGUUGCGGCAGCUUGGGGUGGCCAAGAAGUUUGGAGCUCUGUCGGAAAAUGUGGCUGGCAAGAGAUUGGUCCUUAUCGAUGACUCCAUCGUGCGGGGCAACACUAUUGGACCGAUAAUCAAGCUGCUGCGCGAUGCAGGCGCUCGAGAGGUGCACAUCCGGAUAGCUAGUCCACCGCUGCAGUAUCCCUGCUAUAUGGGCAUCAAUAUACCUACGCGCGAGGAGCUGAUUGCCAAUAAGCUGAACGCUGAUCAAUUGGCCAGACAUGUGGGUGCCGACAGCCUGGCCUAUCUCAGCGUGGAAGGUCUAGUUGAGGCGGUCCAGCAGAAGCAUCGGGAUGCAGGCGAUGGCCAGUCCAAGCCCACGGGUCACUGCACCGCCUGCCUCACUGGCGAAUAUCCCGGUGGGCUGCCCGACGAGUUGAGUUGGUAAUCCUUAUCGCACAUUUCCCAUAUUUAGCCCACGGAAACCAGUUUUAUUAUUCUCUUUUGCCCACCAACCACACAAACUGAACGUUUGCAGUAUCAAAAGCCAUCGAGGGCGCGGAAUUGCAGUCACAAAUUUUGCAUUUAGCUUAUCUAGCGUUAUAGACCCACUCACCCAUUCCCAUUUACACUCUCUCUACCUUUUUAGAUCCUAAGUGAAAUGCCAUUAAGCUCCCAGAAACUUUUUUUGUCUCUGAAUCUACACACUCAUAGUACAAAAUAUAGCCCUCUAUGUUGCCCCACUUGAGUUUAUACAUAUUAAAGUUUUCGAUUCAGAAUGCCAAUAAUAAAGACAUUUAG